CUAGCCCUCGUUGAGUGUGGUGGUGUUCGUUCAAAUAUUGUUUGGUGUUGUGAUACCUCUUAAAAUGUCCUUUUUAUAUUCCCUUCAAUGUUUUUAUUAUUAUUUUCUUUUGAAUUUAUAGUCAUAUUUAGUGAUUCUUUUAAGUUUUAAUAGAUUUAUAAUUCUGUGCUGCGCGAAAGCUUUUAUGAUCUAUUUUUAUAUAUAGCUACGCCCCAUCCCUUGUUUUUUUUUCCUGUUGCUUUGUCUUUUCGAUUACGUUUGUGUCGUAUUGAAACGUUAUUAGUGGAUGAUUGUUUUUAAUGACAUAAAAAUUUGUGUAUUCUUAAUUUAAAUCGUAUUGUUUUGAUUGGGAGGACAAAGAGGCUUUGAUCGUUGAGUAUUUGCCAGUUAAAUUAUACGUGAAAUUCAGUGAGUGCGGGACUAGCAGCGCUAGUACAUAACAAUGAUGGAAAACCCACAAUCGAGUUCAAACCUUGGUGACGAAGAUAUAGAACGUUUAAUCGAGCAGCAGCUGAUGAUUGAUAUAGAAGCCGUAAUGUCUGGAAGGCGUAUUGAUGAGCGAACUGGCGAGCUGACGUCAGCUCCGCUAGGUGCAGAGUACAUUAUGUCCAAGUUACAAACUCUGAAGCCACUUGUUGAAGAUGAUUAUUACGAGUUUCAAAUCGAACCUAAGGAUCGCAAGGACAGGAUUAUUCUUAGCAACUUCAUGCGCGGAUGCAGAACGAAUCCCUAUCCCGAACGUGGCUCCGUUAUAAAGAUAAAGCUGUCAGAGGCCGUGGAGAAAAUAAAAAUGAAUGGGGGGAAAAGGAAAUAUCUUGUCGUUGAGAAACAUAUCCAAUUGGAUUAUGAGACCGGAGCAUGGGCUCGCAUCAAGAUUUACCGCGACCUCCAUGGUAUGGUGGUGCCAAAGUCGAAUUUGCCAAAUGAAAAUGAAUAAGCGCAAAAAAGAAAAAAAAUGUCAACCAGCCAGUUCUUUACAUGUCAAAUAUUGACAGGAUUUUUAAAAAGAUUUCAAGCAUAGAGUUUUUGGGUUGCCAUAUUUCAAUUUCUACGGGGAAAAUCGGCAAAAGAUUAAGUUCCACCCAAGUUUGCCAGUUACUAGAAAUAUUUAAUUUAAUUAAUUUGUUUAAUUAUUAACUACAUUAAUGAGUCAAUAAUCAAUAUAGUACGUUUUAAUAAAUUUAGUUUAAGUUUUAAAAUAAAUGUGAACGGCACAAAUAAUUGUUUUUAUUAUGAACGAUUUUAUUUAUAUACUUUAUUGUUAAUUUUCGUACAAAUUACUUAAGUAAUGCAUUUAUUUUAAUAGAAGUUACUCUUAAGUUGUAUUUAAUAUGUAUUUUAUAGCGAGUUAUUCCGGGGUUUUCGGGUUAUCCGGGGAAAAAUGUUAUUAACCCAAUUAUCCGCUUAGCCCGGUAAGCACUCAUUAUUAUUUAUUUUGCAUAUAUUCUGUAAAAUUUACGUAUCCACUAUAAUAACCAAAGUCAUGUUAUCUCUGUUCAUUAGAAGAGAAUGACAAGGAUAACAAUAUUUUAUUGUAAAACUGUUUUGUCACUGGCAACCCAUAGUAAGAUACUUCGUAAAGGACUGCGCUAAAGUUGUCUAUUAAUUUAUUUGCAUCUGAUUCGAACAUGUAGUAAUUUAUGUAAUAAUUGUAUUUCUAUGUAUUAAUAAUCAAAUAUAUAAGGAAUGGUAAAAAGAAUGGACCAUCACACUCAAAAUUGAGUUGAAAAUCUGAUGCAUAUAUAUCAAUGAGAUGGAAAGUUUGGUCAAGUUAAAGGAAUAGCAAUGCAUUUGUAAUUGUGCGUAAUAAAUAUUCAAUUUCAA